GAGAAAAACACAAUAAACCACUCAUUAUAAUUGUCAAUAAAUACGAUUUAUUAGCGGAAAAGAAAUUUCGAGAGACAAUUGGCGGAGAAAAAGAAAAUUCUUUGGCAGAACCAAAAAAGGAAUUAGAAAAAGAAUUAAGAAAUCGUCUAAAAUCGCUAAGUUAUGUGCCGAUAAUUUUUCUUUCGGCUUUAAAGGGAAUGGGAAUGAAAAGACUGCUAAAAAUCCUCAAAGAAAUGCUGACCCAAGCCCAAAAAAAAGUUUCCAAAAAAGAAUUAGCAGAAAUAGUGGAAAAAAUG